GUCAUUGAUAGAUUGAGCAAUCACCCUGGAACAAAUGCGACGAUUACUUUCAUCACUAUUAUGAAGCUUGUAUAUGAUUCAUAUGCGGACUCUACAUUGUCGCCGUUGGAUAUAAUCAAUUCGUUUGCAAAUGCACGAUCUAUGACAGGUGUACAAAACACUGUUAUUAAUUUCGAUAUGCUGGAGUACAUGAAUAAGGCAACACGAUUCGAGUAUUUGGAUGAACUACGUAGCAAACUAGAAGGAAACAUUUCCUUUUCGAGGGAUGGUUACAAGCAGGUUGAAUUCGUAUCAUUUGAUUUUCCAUCCGAUAGUGCAAUCCAAAAUGCUGUUAAUGAUGGCAAAAUCGAAGCACAAAAAUUGCUCGAGAAAGUUGGACUAGAUUACGAGGAAGAGGAUUUUCAUUGUGCUCUAAGCUCUGCAACAAAAAGCAGUAUUCUUCCACUAACCGAAAUCAAUGUGGCUGAAAACGAUGGUGAACUAGAUCUGGAACUCGAUGUAGAAGAAUCCGGGGAGAAAUCAUUACGGCCCACAAAUAUCGACAACUCCGUAGAAGGCGCGGAUAUUAUUUUCGAAGCUAGUGCUCUUUUGAGUACGCUGGGAGCAGAUAUCUGCAAGAUUUCAAAAUCAAUUGGUGACGCUACGGAACAGAAGGUACCAAAAGGAUUUUUCAAGAUCGCCACAUCUUCUGGCAAAUAAUGUUAGCACGCAAAGUGACAAUUUUGUGGCUGCUGUCAAGUAACACUACAAGAAUAAGCAACGACAGGUUACAUAGAUUCCGAUCAACCGCACAUGAGAAAAAU